UUGGAGAACUUGCAGCGCCUCCUGUAUGUUCUAACCACAGCGAGUUAAACAUUGGCGAAUGAAUGUUGCAUUCAAAAUGAUAAUGUAUUUUGUUCGUUUUCUGUGCUAAUUGUGAACUAUAUGGCAGAUAAAUGUAUAAAUUAAUUUAUUGUUUUCAUACUAUUUGUUUGGACGCAGAGUUAUGAUCAGCUGUAGAAACGAUAUUAUAAGGAAUACGAAUUUACAAUUACGGAAUGCAUAUAUACGUAAUUUUUUUAUAAGCAAUAUCUUCUUGUAUAUAAAUUUUCUUGCCGUCAUUCAUGGUUUUGAAGAUGUUAAAGGUAUAAAAGAAGAUAUUUAUUUUGAGAUUGUGGAACCUGAAACAUUGCAUUAUACUUUUAAAGUGAGACCUGCUCAAGAUUUUGGUGUCCCAUUUAAUGAUAGUCUUCAAAAUGUUGGCCUUGUUGUAGCUGAGCCUUCUCAUGGUUGCAGUGCUCCUAUAAAUAAGCUAGAACUUCGUAAUAAUAUUGCCUUGAUUGAUAGAGGGGGUUGUUCCUUUUUAAGUAAAUGUAUACAAGCAGAGCGCUCUGGUGUUUUAGCAGUGAUAAUUUGUGAUAAUGAUAUUUCCAAUGAUGAUCAGUACAUUGAUAUGAUAGAUGAUAGUACCAAAAGGAACUGUAGUAUACCAGCUGUAUUUCUUUUGGGAAAAGAUGGGUACAUGAUAAAGAAAAGCCUGAAGACGCACAAUCUUACAAGAGCUAUAAUAAAUAUACCAAUAAAUAUGACUUACAUGCCCCAACAGAAACAGAAACCCCCACCAUGGGUUUUGUGGUAAAAAUUCAUUCAAUAUUUCAUUCAAUAUUGUUUGCCUAUAUACUUUGUAAUGCAGACUUUAUAAAACAUAUGUAAAUUGUAAUAAACAAGUUAUAUCCAUAUAAA